UUCAGUUUCUAUAAUGUUAUUCACACUGCUUUUUUUAUAUACAUUUUCGGACCCUGCAUUCACUAUAUCUGGUCUCCCCGGACCCUGCAUUCACUAUAUCUGGUCUCCCCGGACCCUGCAUUCACUAUAUCUGGUCUCCCCGGACCCUGCAUUCACUAUAUCUGGUCUCCCCGGACCCUGCAUUCACUAUAUCUGGUCUCCCCGGACCCUGCAUUCACUAUAUCUGGUCUCCCCAGACCCUGCAUUCACUAUAUCCGGUCUCCCAGGACCCUCCAUUCACUAUAUCUGGUCUCCCAGGACCCUGCAUUCACUAUAUCUGGUCUCCCCAGACCCUCCAUUCACUAUAUCCGGUCUCCCAGGACCCUCCAUUCACUAUAUCUGGUCUCCCCGGACCCUGCAUUCACUAUAUCUGGUCUCCCCGGACCCUGCAUUCACUAUAUCUGGUCUCCCCGGACCCUGCAUUCACUAUAUCAGGUCUCCC